AUGCCGCCGCCCGCUGCGCUGAUGCGCGCGCGGUGCAGGGCAUGCUUGGACGUCAUCGUGGGCCCGUCGGUGGCGCGCGACAUCUGCCUCACCGACGUCCACAGCCAUUGCAUGCAGCCUUGGCAUGGGCAUGCAGUCUGCUUCGCCUGCUUCGCCGACCGCGACAUCGCGCACGGUCGCCGGCAGGCUCCCUGGUCGAGCGGUCUCGCAAGACAGCUUGGCCGCACCGUGGCGUCUGGCGCGCAGAUGGCUGGCCACGCAGUGGGGGCCACUAUCAGCACCGCCGCAACUGGAGUGCAGCGCCUUGCCAUCGGCGCUGCGGCGGGAGCGCGCCAAACAUGGGCGGCGGGCACGAUGAUGCCGCUGCCCGCUCAGCCGCAGCCCCCCGACCAGCUGCUGGCAGCAGCUGUUGAAAGCACUGGCAGGGCGGACGCGCCCGACAUGAGCCAGGACCAGCAGCGACCGCCAGCCGUUGCUAUGGACUUGCAUCUGGCGGAGCUGCGAGAGCUGCGCAUGGAGGCGCAGCGCCUCAGCCGCAGGAACGAGCAGCUGGAGGCAGAGCGGCGAGCGGCGGAGCAGAGGCCAGUGCACAGCCCUCUGCUGGUGGGCGAGUGGCGCAAGAGGGCGCUCCACCACCAUCGAUGCCUCGUGCGCCGCGCGCCGAGGCGGUUGCAGCGUCGGCCGCGGACCAAGCAGCAGUCGCACCUGGCGGAGAUCAGGUGCCUGGCUUUGAGGCGGCAGCCGGCGCUUGCGGCAUGCCUCAGCCGCCGCUGCAGCCCGGUGGGCUGCCGCCUGGGCUGCCUCCGAUCGGCCCUGGGCCCAACGGAUGGCCGGGCGGGCCUCCGGGCCCAGGCGGACCGCCAGAAGGACGCGGAGGUGGUGGAGAUGGAAGCGGUUUCGGAGGACCUCCUGGAGGUGGAGGUGGUUUUGGGGAUGAUCCAGGGCGUGGCGCGUGGGGCCGACGAGCAGCGCCGAGGAGCCGCAUUUUGCUUGGGGGCGGUGCUGGCGAAACUGAAGGACGGCGACGCGCCGAGGCUGGCGUUCGCCGCCGGCAUGAACAAGGCGCACGCCUUCGAGGAGUGGGCGCAGCGAGCUGCCAUGAGGAUCGGGGCGCAGCAUCCCCUCAUCGACUUGUUCUGGCAGCGGUCCGAACGCGCGGCGAGGCAGGCGCAGAGCGGCGCGCUGGCCACCCGACAGACUUCGGUGACCGAACUCCUCUUCAGCAUCAUGGCGGAGGCCGGGCCCGGCACCCUUCGCGACCGGAAGCUGGUGUUGAUGGAGGUGGAGCGGCGUGGCAACAAGGCCGCUGCCCUGGCGUUUUGCUACCAGGAGCUGAACUCGUGGAAGUUCUCGCUCACUCGGUUGCAGCGUCUUGGAAUGGGCGCUCCGGACCCUGUCACGCAGCUGGCGACGCUGCGGGGCGUCGUGAAGGGCAUGGCCGAGGCCGACGCGAACUUCCAGUACAGGAUGUUCGCGUGGGAGAUGCAGCACGGCAUUUCGGGCGCCAACCACUGUUCGCAACAGCAGGUGGACGAGUUCUGGCGGUAUCUCGCCGCCGAAGCUCGCGAGUCCUGCGACGCGCCCCAGGGGAAGGGCGUGAAGGCAUUGGCGGCCGCGUGGGAGGCGAAGGCGAAGGUGAAGGCGAAACCUGCUGCCAAGGCGGCGACAGGAGGCAAGGAGGCGUGCCGGUUCUUCGACAGCAAGGCCGGCUGCAAGUUCGGCGCGACUUGCACUCGCCACCACAGGAAGCCCGAGGUGAGCGAGGGUAAGUGCUUCAACUGCGGGGCCGAGGAUCAUGACAAGCGCAUCGACCUCGCGCACGCUACCGGCCAGCAGGCCGGCGUGCUGAUGGGGGCGGACGAGGGCGCGAUCGAGCUGGAGCUCGAGGGCACCGGGGCGUACAUCUACGAGGACGACGCCCAGCGCCUCCGUGCGAUGAUGCAGCAGCUGCGCGCGCGAGCCGGCGCCAGGAUGUUGGCGGCGCACUUCGACGUCGUCGCGGCCGCCGCGCAGCGCCUCAGCUUGGAAGGGCACAAGAGGCGUGGACAUCCGUCCUUCCGCCCCGACUGCUACGAAUGCCGCCUUGCGGCAGGGCGCAUGAGGGCGCACUGGCGGCUGGAUGCGCGGGCGCGGCCGGGAGGCCAGCUGUCCGCGGACAUAUCUGGCCCCCACCCUGCAAGGCUCUGGCCAGGAGCAUUGCAGGAAGACCGCCCCAAGAGGGCACGGUACUUCGUCCUCGGCGCCUACGCGAUUAUGACUGCUUCUGAGCGCGCCGCCGCCGCUGUGGCGGAGCAGCACGAUCGCGGCGCCGCGGGGCUGCCGCCGCCCGCAGCCGCAGCUGCAGGCGGGAGACCCGGAGAGCAGUUGGAGCAGGCUGCCGCUGCGGCGGCUGCGCAGCCGCUGGCUGCAGACGACGCCUUGGCAAUGGUCACGCGGGCUUCAGCGCUGCCAGCGGUGGCGGCAGUGCCGGCAGACGGACUCGUCGAGGAGGAGGGCGUGCAGACGUGGUACUACGUCAUUCCCCUCGCCGGCAAGCACGCGGUGGAGGUGCCGGCCGCCUUGCGCCUGAUGAUCGCGCAGGUGGAGCUUGAGUUCCAGGCGCGCGUGGUCUUCCGAGUCCACGCUGACCAGGCGCGGGAGCUCUCGGGCCCGAAGCUGAGCGCAGCGCUUGCCGCCCAGGGGAUCGUAGUCACAUCGACCCCAGGGCACGAGGCCGAUAACAACCCGCGCGCCGAGAGGGGCAUCGGCAUAAUCAAGCAGAGGGCCAGAGCCAUGCUGAUGGCAGUGGACGCGGCAGACCGCGAGCAGCUAUGGCCGGCAGCGGUCGUCCACGCUGCAGCUCUCCAACGGCGAGCGGCUCAGGGGAAGCCAAUUGGGUGUCCGAUUUUCGGGCAGCCCAUCACCUGCAGGAUCAAGCCGGUGCCGCAGUUUGCGUUCGCGCCUCGGGCCGUGCCGCGGCAGUUUUUCGACAUCUGCGACUUCGUGUCCGGAGCGCCCCCGGUUGGCCACAAGGUCGCCCAGAACGGCGUCGAAAGGUGGGAGUUUGAGACCUCGUCGAGUUUCGUCGUCGACGCCGUGCCUGGAAGAGGAGGCCAGCAGGAGGUCCACGAGCAGGGCGACCAGGAGGAGGAGAAGCAUGACCAGGAGCAGCGGGACAGCCAGGAGGAGCAGCAGGACAUCCAGGCUGCGCUGUUCUCGCCCGAUGCCCCUCGAAUCCUGACUGCCUCCUCUGACCCAGCUGCCGCUGCCGCCGCCGCCGGCUCGGAUUCGGACGGCACGCCCGAUUUCGUUGAGAUCAUCAAGGACAGCGGCAUGCAGCCAGUGUCAAUGACCGAGCUGCGGAAUGCGAUCGGCACCGAGCGUGAGGAAUGGAAGCUGGCCAUGGAGGUCGAGCUCGCUUCUUUCUCAGAGAAGCAGGUCUUCGAGGCCCUCACCGAGGGGGAGAAGCUGCAGGUGCGCGCCAAGGACGUACUCCGUAUGAAGGGGGUCGCUGGCAUCAAGGCGCCGGCGGCGUCGGAUCCAGCGCAGCACCGGCGCAAGAAGUUCCGCGGGGUGGUCUGCGGGAACUUCCAGAAGCGAAUGCCGGGUGCGGUCGUCUUCACGAGCAACGUCGAGAUCCUCAGCGUCAGAGCCGCACUCGCGAUCGCGAGCUCGUGCGGCUGGGCUCUCAAGGCGCUGGACGUGUCCACGGCUUUCCUGAGUGCCCCCCUCCCCGAGGAGGCCGGAGAGGUCUUGGUGCGCCCGCCAGGGAUGUUGUCUUCGCACGGGCUCGUCGGGCGCGACGAGAUCUGGAGGGCCAAGAAGGGCAUCUACGGCCUCCGCAUCGCCCCCAGAGCCUGGGGCCUGAAGCGGGACAGGCAGAUGCGGGCUAUGAGGUUCGAGGUCAAUGGCACGACGUGCCGAUUGAGCAAGUCGCACUGCGACGCCUCUGUCUGGAGCGUAGUGGAGGACGUGCCGACGAGGACCGAGAGCGAGCAGAAAUCGCUGGGCUUGGUGCUGGUUUACGUCGACGACUUCUUGCCCUCUGGCUCGCCGGAGACGAUCACAGCAGUGGAGGAGGUGAUGAUGGCGACCUGGACGUGCUCGGUCCAAUCUCUCAUCGACCGCGCGCAUCCCGGCACGAUCAGGUACCUCGGGCUAGAGGUGGAGGCGAGGGCCGACGGGGCGUUCGUGGCCCAUCAGGCCGCCUACCUGGAGGAUGUCCUGGCCGGGUGGCAGAUGACGAACGCCAAUGCGUGUGGCACCAUCUCCAUCGAGCCGCUGGGGGAGGAGCUGGGCGCGGAGCCCGAGCUCGGUGACGUGCGCCUCGCACAGAAGCUGGGCGGCGGGCUGCUGUGGCUGUCGGGGCGCACCCGCCGCGACAUCGCUUUCGCAGUCAGCCGGAUGUCAGCCUAUGCGACCACAGCGCCUCAGUGGGCGCUGCGCCUUGGCAAGCGUAUCACGCGAUACCUCCUUGGUACGCGUCGCCAUGGGCUUGUCUUCCAGGCGGUGCGCGGCGACGUGAACGAGCUCGAGCUGCACGUCUUCGCCGACGCCAGCUUCGAAGCCGAAUACUCCCAGACCGGCGUCGGGGUGUACCUGGGGGAGUGCCUCAUCGACUGGAGAUCCGUCAAACAGGCACAGGUCGCCACAUCUACGGCGGAGGCCGAGAUUACGGCCCUGGCGAUGGGCUUGGUCAUGCUGGAGGGCGCGGAGGCAAGCCUCGCGAGCAUGAUGGUGCAGGUGCCGCUCCCCAGGAUGUGGGGCGACAGCGUUGCGUCGCUGUGCUUGGCCCGGGGCCAGGGCAGCUGGAGGGCACGCGCCCUCACCAACAGGGCGUCGGCCCUCCGCAGCAGGGUCGAGAGCGAGACCCUCUUGCUCGACCACGUCGGGUCGAACGAGCAGCGGGCAGAUGGUCUCACGAAGGUCUUCUCGGUGCCCGCCAUGGCUCGGAUCAGGGACCACUUCGGCCUCCAGGCUGUGUAA